CCCUAGUCUCGCCGGACAGCCCGACUUCUGCUUCUAAGAACUUUGGGGGAAAGCAUAUUUCUCAUCUGGGAUAUUUUUCCUUUAAAAUGCUCUUUUUCACGUCAAGAAAUUAACAUUUUCCUUUGGGUGUUUUGGCAAUGACUGUGAAUUAAAGCCGGGUUAAUAUUUUUUCCCUUCUAAAUUGUUAGGGGCCGCAGACCAGAGGAAGAUGGAGUGCUUCUCUUACAGUGUGAUUUUGAUCAUGGCCUUUUCCAGAGCACUUGAACUGGGAUUAGUCGCUGGAUUGGGCGACCUUGAACUUGCCCGUCCGUCACAGGGAGAGCUGGCCUUCAGAGAUGAUGGCCUUUGGUCCCAAGAGGAGCCUGCAAUUCGUCACCAGCCUUCCCAGUUUGUAGCAUCCAUGGGAAUCCAAAAGAGUAAGGAGCUGAACAGAACCUGCUGUUUAAAUGGGGGAACCUGCAUGCUGGGGUCCUUUUGUGCCUGUCCUCCCUCUUUCUAUGGACGGAACUGUGAGCAUGACUCUCGCAAAGAGAACUGUGGGCCUGUGCCCCAUGACACCUGGCUGCCCAGGAAGUGUUCCAUGUGUAAAUGCUGGCUUGGCCAGCUUCGCUGCUUUCCUCAGUCAUUCCUACCUGGUUGUGACGGCCAUGUGAUGGAUGAGCACCUCACAGCUUCCAGGACUCCAGAAUUAACACCGUCUGCGUGUGCUCUUAUGCUCCCUGGCAUCUGCCUUGCUAUACAAAGUUAUUAUUAACCCACAUUUGUUUUUAACAUUUGUCAUGCAGAUUUCAGGACCUGUAAAGGCUGUCUCUCUAAUGUCCCAACUGAGAGAUGGUAAUUAGUUGCCUUGAAAUAGUGAACAGAUUUCCCUGUGGUCCCUAAAAAGAUUUCCUUAAAGCACCAAUUACUUUCCUCUGCCCUGCCCUCUCCAAAAAACUAAUUAAAAAAAAAAAAGUAAGCCAUAUCACAGGAGUGCCUAACUCCUGUGUUUCUGAUACAUGUAACUGCCAAGGGCUUACAAAUAAUUUCCUUUAAACAACUGAAUUCUAUAUUCAGAUUAUUAAAGGUUACUCUCAAUGUGGAACUGAGCAUAAAGCUUUGAAUGGAGUUGAUUGACAUCAGUUAAGAUGGUAUCUUGGAAAGGAAGGACCUGUAAGGGGAGCAGAGGAGAAGGGAGGGGGCAGAUAUCCAAGGUGAGAGACAGGGUGCUAGAGUAAUGGAGGUGUGCGUGUAUCCUGGGUGACUAGGUAGAAAAGUGGGAGCAAAUGGGAGAGAUUUGAAAAAAUAAAAUGAAUGUCUUGGUUGAUCUGGUGGCUACAGAGAAGCAAGUUAAAAGGCUAAGUUGAAGGGCAAGUUUCUACCAUCAAUAGGAAGCUAUAUGAGACAAGGGUACCUGUUUUCUGAAGGCUUUGUAAAAAGAAUAAAGUCUCCUUUAAAAAAAACUAUCUAAAUUCCCCCGAUAUAUAAAGAUUGCUUAAUACAUUAUGAUUUCUGUAUACUGUGCGAUUAUUUCAAUGGUGGUAAAAGAAAAUGUUCACAGUGUGUUUAGUUGUAAGCCAGUGAUAAAGCCAUAUAUUGUAAAGCCCAUUUAAAAAAUAUGUAUCUGUUCUGUUCAGUAAAAGUGGGAAGUAUGUU